CAGCGAGCGCUGUGGUUUCGGGGCGGGCUCUGCUUGUUGCCGUUGUUUUGGAUCAGGACAAUUGGUGCCGCCCUUGUCACUUUCGACGCCAACUGAGAGCCGACGUGCGAAAGGCCAAGCGGAGAGCCGCUCAAGCGGAAGGCCGGGGCCGGGCGAAGGCGAGCGAGUGAGCAGCCAAAAGCCUCGCAAACAAUCCGACAUGGAGGAAAAUAACAAGAUGCUGGCGGUGGGCAAAGCCAAGAAGCCCGGCAAGCGCGGUCGAAAGCCGGCCAAGAUCGACCUGAAGGCCAAACUGGAGCGAAGCCGUCAGAGCGCCAGGGAGUGCCGCGCCAGGAAGAAGCUGCGCUACCAGUACCUGGAGGAACUGGUCUCCAGCAAGGAGAGGGCCAUCUGCGCGCUCCGGGAGGAGCUGGACAUGUACAAGCAGUGGUGCUCGGCCAUGGACCGGGGAAAGAUCCCCUCGGAGAUCAAGGCUUUGCUGACGGCCGACGACCAGCAGCAGCAGCAGCACCGGGGGCCUGCCGUGGCGGGAGGCGCAACCACCAGAACGGCCAAGAGCGCCAAGAACCAAAACGUCUCAUGAGGGGUCACCGCCGGCCACCGCCCUGAUAUAAAGAAGAUUUUGUCCUGACUUUGGAACAUUUGCUGGACGCCACCGCCGGCAAGUCGCAGGACACGUCCACUCGUCAAGCAGGCUACUUGCAGCUGUUCUUCUUGAAAAUCAGCAAUAAUAAGAAUUAAAAAAAUCCAAUCAAGCCAACAAUUGUCAUCUGCUCAACUGAAAUUUAAAAUGGCCCAUAUUACAGCCAGGCAACAUCGCUUCUGAAAAGGACGCAAACACAAAAAGCAAUCGAGAAAGGCAAGAGUGUGGAAAAGCACUCGUACAUCGUCUGAUCGAGGAGAAACGCGCGGCACGCUUGUUCGUGUGGUCACAGACACCGGCGUGGCGUCUCCUUUGCUGCCUACAACGGUGCGAAGGCUCCAAUGUGUAACCUUUACCGCCAUCUAGUGGUGAAUUCAUACGUUACACCUGCUUCCAUCCAAAGCCCGUGCCGGCGGUGCCGGUGCCACACUCUUGGCAAUCCUACCACAAUGUCUUAGGCAUCGCGAGUGUAUUGCAUUGCAUUGGGUCAGUGAGCCAGCAAAUUUGUGAUGUCCCCUAUGUAGCAGAAAGACGGCGAGCGACGAGCGUACUGGACUUACCAUUAUACAUACACACACACAAAGCAAUGUACAUAGAGAACGACAUUUCACGCAGGAUUGAGACUAAAUGUGGGCUUUUCUUGUGAAAGAAGACGACAAUAUCGAAACGUUCUGCAAAAUCCCAGCUCCCUUGACUGUGGCGCCCGCCCGCCCGAGCGACAAGAAAAGUGGAAUGUGAAGAGUGAGAAGAAGCCGCCGCCGCCGCCGCCGCCGCCGCCGCCGCCGCCGCCUAGAUGCAUUUGGGUUUGUUUUCACGGAGAAGCCACAUGAACAUGGAAUUUGGAUCUUGAGAAAAGGCAGUCAAAACGUGAAAGAAAA